CAAAGCGCGAACCAGAUUUGCGAGCCAUAAAACUUCAAGGUUUCAGCAAUCAAACUGAACUGCGAGUCAGCGAUGAAAGUACUCCUUUUAGUAACGGGUGCGAUUCUUUGCUUUUGGCUGACCUAUGCCGAUGGAUUUAGCUGUUAUUUGUGCAAAGGCAUGCAGUCCUCCUUGCAAGUGUGUGAUGAGAAGAUCUCGAAGGCUCAUUGUGCUACUCAUGCCAAAGGUGCUGACCGUUGUGGAAUCUUCUCCUUCCUAAACGCCUCUGGAAUCCGAGUUUAUGGCAAGAGCUGUGUAUAUCAGAGAUUUUGUGAAAGUCCAGUGAAUUUCUGUAAUAGCGUGUCUGAGGAUUUUGGAAAAUCAGAAGAGUGUAAAAUCGAGUGUUGCAGCGAGGAAUUCUGUAAUUAUAACCACAGCAGUACUUCACCCGAAGUGCCUAUGGACGAUGACGACUCUGAAGAUUGUGACUGGAUAGAUGCAGGCACGUCGUUGAGUGUCAGUGGCUUUCUGAUUGGAGCAUGCGCAAUGUAUGCGGCCAUGACAAUGGUCAAAUAAACUUUGAGGUAGAGCUACUAUACAGUUAAAAUCACUAAUCAACUGUCUGUGAGCUUUCAAACAGAUAGACGGAAACUAGCCACGCUAACGUUUUGCGAUUUAUUAUCAAGUAGCUGUUAUUAAUAAAGUUACCUUCUAAAAACGCCAA